CGCUGAACCCCACCACAUGCGCUUCGGGCCAACGGGUGCGGACAAGGGGUGCGGGAGACAUGCGACCCGGGACAUCUGCUCCUGACCGGUGGACCCCAGGCCUGACCUUCUGACAUGUCAUCUCCACAUGUGACCUGUGACAUCUCCACAGCCAGGGCCAGAUUCCUGGGUCCUGGGACAGUGAGGCCUAGCCUUACUGUGGCCGGUGGAAAGGACUCUUUCAAUCUGGGGCUGGGCCUGGGUGGAGGUCAGAGGUUCCCUGACCCUAGGGAAUGGAUGGUGCUCUUGCAUGGCAGCCACUGGAGCCUAGAGUGGACAGCAGGUGUCAAGUCACUGACAGACCCUCUCUCUCUCACUCUCCUGGACUUCUUGCCUUCCUUUUGGCCACCAGAGAUGUUUUCCACCUGGUGGUCUGCCCUUUCCAGUUUCAGGACUUGGGAGCAUGCUGGAAGCCCCUUGACCUGCAAGGUGGUUUCACCCCAACAUCAGCGGAGUUGAAGCUGAGCAGCUACUCAUGUCCAGUGGCCAGCACGGAAGCUUCCUGGCAAGACCCAGCAAGAGCUGCCCCGGGGGCUUCACACUGUCUGUCAGGCGCCACAAUGAGGUGACUCACAUCAAGAUCCAGAACACAGGUGACUACUACGAUCUGUAUGGAGGGGAGAAGUUCGCAACGCUGGCCGAGCUGGUACAGCACUACACAGGCCAGCAUGGGGGGCUGCUCCGAGAGCGUGGCGGGGCCCCCGUGGAGCUCCGGCACCCGCUGGGCUGCCAGGACCCCACGUCGGAACGGUGGUAUCAUGGGCAUCUGUCUGGUAAGGAGGCUGAGAAGCUGCUGAUGGAGAAAGGGCGUCCAGGCAGCUUCCUGGUUCGGGAGAGUCAGAGCAAACCUGGGGACUUUGUGCUGUCAGUGCUCACACAGCAGCUGGACAGGGUGGACCGCCAGCCGCGUGUCACCCACAUCAUGAUCCACUUCCAGCCAGAUGGGAAGUACGACGUGGGAGGUGGUGAGCAGUUCGACACCCUUGGAGAUCUGGUGGAGUGCUACAGGAAGAACCCCAUGGUGGAGAGGUCAGGGGUUGUGGUGCAUCUUCGGCAGCCCCUCAAGGCCACGAGAAUCAGCGCUGCAAGCAUUGAGAGCCGUGUGCAGGAACUCAGCGAGGCCACAGAUGCCAGCGAGAAGGCCAAGCAGGGCUUCUGGGAGGAGUUCGAGGUGUCGGCCUGCUGCCCACUGCCCCCCUUCAGACUCCCGUCCUCUGGGCUGUGGCAAGGGCCAGCAGAGGGGUGUGGGUCAGGGCGUGUAUGGCAGGUGUUGAGGGCUCUGGGGCCACAGGCUAAAGCCCCACUCCUCCAGAUGCUGCAGCAGCAGGAAUGCCGGCUCCUGUACCCCCGGAAGGAAGGCCAGCGGCCGGAGAACAAGCCCAAGAAUCGAUACAAGAACAUCCUUCCCUUUGAUACCACUCGUGUCAUCCUUCAUGAUGUGGAUGACAGAGUGCCUGGAGCCGACUACAUCAAUGCCAACUACAUCAGGAGUGACCCAGAGGAGAAGCCAGGCCAUGGACUGGGCAAGGUGUACAUCGCCACCCAGGGCUGUCUGCCGACUACAGUGGCUGCUUUCUGGGCCAUGGUGCACCAGGAGAACACACAUGUCAUCGUCAUGACCACCAGGGAGGUGGAGCGAGGCCGGAACAAGUGUUUCCGAUACUGGCCAGAGCUGCACGGCAGCCAAGAGUACGGCCACCUUCACGUGUGCAACAUGGCUGAGCACUGGGCCCAGGGCUAUUGUGUGCGGGAGCUGCAGGUGUGGAGGCCAGACCAGGAGGAGUCGCCACACACAGUGAAGCACUACCAGUACUUCAGUUGGCCGGACCACGGCGUCCCGGCCGAGCCCACCGGCGUCCUUAGCUUCCUGGAAGAGGUGAACCGGACCCAGAGCAGCAUGCCGGGGGCCGGACCCAUGGUAGUCCAUUGCAGCGCUGGCAUCGGACGCACUGGCACCAUCAUUGUGAUUGACAUCCUGGUGGAUGUCAUUCGCAGGCAGGGUGAGCCGCCCCAGGCAGGCCCCGCCCCACGUAGCCCCACCCCCUGCGCUUGCCGGUACCGCUUGUUGCAUCUAGCCAUCCCACCUUCUCCCUGCCGGCCCCGCUCCGCCCUGAGCACGCUCCUCCCCAGGGUUAGACUGCGACAUCGACGUCCCCAAAACGAUCCAACUGGUGCGGCGGCAGCGCUCGGGGAUGGUACAGACCGAGGCGCAGUACAAGUUCGUGUACCUGGCGCUGCAGCGGACCCGGGAGGCCCCCCGCCACGAGUAUGAGAACCUGCAGGGCCUAGAGCCGUGAGAGCCCCUCGUGCACGUGCCCCGAGUGGGGCUGGAGCCGUGCAAGAAGGCGGGAUCCCAGCAAGCCCGGCCUCCGCGUUCUUCCAAAGGACUGUUUAGGAUUGUGCAGACAGGCGCCCAGCCCUGAGCGCCGCGGAGUCGGGAUGGGGAUGGGGGUGGGGUCCCGGGUCUGCCCCUCAGACCCUCCCUGACCAGGUCUGCACGCCCAGAAAUGGUGAGGGGCGGGCAGAUCCAGUGGCCCUGGCACUCCUGGAGGAGGGGAGGCAGAGCUGCAGGGCUGCGGUUUGACUCAGUUUGGGAGGCCGCCAGUGACCAACUGCACGUUGCGGUGAAGACAUGUGUGCUACAUGUCUGAGGGUCACUCUGAAUGUGGGACACGAGACCAGCGAGUGAGUGCCAGUUUGUUCACCAGCAUUUGUGACCCUCUCCCUGCUUUCUGAGUGCCCCCGCCCCUUCAGAGUUACUUCCCAGCCCUGCCUACAGCCGUGGUCUAGGCUGUGGCCUGGCAGUGGCUCAGUCCUGCUACGUCCAGACGUAACCCAGACUGUCACAUUGCAGUCAUGCGUAGAUAAAUGCUUGUUAAAUGAGGGAAUAUGUGACAUGCUCAUCUGACCACAGUGAGGAGGGCGAGGCGCCAUGAGAGCAUGACUUGUUUGUGACGAUGCGAUAUCACUGGCUUGUGGUCCACACUGGCACCCUCCCAUUAUGGAUGGCCCUGUGACUUUCUGGUCUCCUCAGUAAAAUGCCUUCUCAGUUCUGCA